CUCGUACUAGAGUUGAGCCGACGCUAUUUACUCUUUUCAGUUAGUCGUAGGAUAACUUCCCGAUUGAUGCCAUUCAUUGGUUCGCUCUUGUUUUCGCUCAUCAAUCACAAACCAUGGCAGGACUUGAAUCUAUUGCUCUUGCUGUAGCUCAGCUUGAGCGCGCAAGCGCACGCGAAGACACUGUAAGCCGUGGUGCCGUAUCGCCACAGGAUGGCGCCAUUGAAGGACCAUCGCACCUAUCUUCUUUCGGAAGCCAGCCUCCCACUCUGCCUUCGCGGUCGGCGUUUAUGCCAGCUUCGCGAAUUGUAUCUACUGAUUUUUCGCAAUUUGCUUCUCCACACGGCUUUACCUUUCACGCACCAGUAUUGCCGACGCCUCAACCACAAAAUUCCUCAUCUGAAGGUGGCCGCACUCCAGACGCUUCUUCGCCGACCGAACUGUCGGAAUCCUCCAUCGCUGUUGCUCAGAGUGCGAUGGAUAACCUCAUGUCAGUAAUGGGAUUAGCCGAAAGGUCAACUUCUUCAUUAAUCAAGUCCCCAACUGAUCCAAUCGAGAAGGUAUUACUGAACGAUGUGCUGUUGGGACGAGGCGGGGAAACCAACCAUCAUUCGGGAAACGUGUUUUACCGUCACCUCGUCAAGGCCUGCCAGCCGGCCUAUAUAUCUGCCAAGCGUCGAAACAAGCCUCGCAUUGCCGAGAGUAUCGUGUACACGGUUCGCCAGCUCGGCGGGCGUUUCAUCAAGAAAGGUACCGGAGACAACGUCUGGGUAGAUGUUGGCAACACCAAGGCCCGCGAAAAGACUUCGCAAGCUCUUCGAGAAGGCGCACCUGACUUGCGCAACGGCAGUCCCAUUAAGGGCGCCGAAGAAAAAACUGAGGAAGGCUGUGGACCCGGCCUGGUGCUAGUCGAAACCGCCCAGCCUGAGCUAAACUCUCCAACGAAGAAGCGCCGAACAAGUUUGGAUGCGCUAGCCCGUGCCGCUGCGAGCACGACCCCAGGAAUGGAUAACAAUUGUGACUUACUGUUAAUGACUCGAUCACCCGACUCUUCCAUGAAUAUUACGGCGAGCGUAUCGGGAGACGAAGAAUCUUCGAAGCAGUCUAAAAGGUCCAAUUCGUCGCUUGGACCUCGUAUCAAGCUUUUGAAGCGGCGUUUGGAAAACGAUAAUGGGCUUUGA